UUAAAACGGAAAAUAGAAGGUGUCAGUCAGUGUCAGUGGUACUACCGGUCUGAUCUAACCAGAUCUAACACCUGUUAGUCUUUUAAGGCUACUUUUAACACGACGAUCAACAUAGAUAACAUCCCGCUUGUCAAAUCAUAAGAAUAGCCAAACGAAUCAACGGAUGUUUAUUCAAUUGCAGGGAAGAAAUUGGAAUCAAUUGGAAUCAAGCGAGCGUUGCUAACCACGAUUGCUGCACUACAAACAACGAAUGACAGUACAAUAUAGAAGUUGAUAAAUCUUAUCAUCCUUUACGACUUAACAAAAAGUUAAUGAAAAUGAAUUCAUAGAAAUUAUGAUGGAUCUUGGGAUUUAAAAGAGUUCUAGUUUCUGUCAUAAUUUCACAUCACUAUCACAAUGAAUGUUGGAAUCAAUUGGGAAGAGGAGCACCGGCGUACAUUACAAGAUAGCUUUGCCGCAUUGGACCGCUCUGCACAAUCAAUUGCACGGUCACAAACUGUUGCUGCUCAGAGUGAACAAAUAGGGACAGAAGUAUUAUCUGAAUUAGGUGACCAAAGAGAUCGAUUGUUGCGAGCGAAAAGACGAUUAUCAGAAACAGAUGAAGAAUUGGAUAAAACAAGGAGAAUACUGAAUAUUAUGAAAAGGAGAGUGUUAAUGAACAAAUUUGUAUUAGUUCUAAUAAUAUUGUUGGAAAUAGCUAUACUUGGUAUUAUUGUGUAUCUAAAGUUUUUCCAUUGA